AUGGUCGGAAGGCGGAGCAUUGGGAAGGCGAUCGAUAGUCCCUCGCGACAGCUUUUUAUCGACCUUGCAAAAGAUAUCGAAGCUAUACGGUUGCAUCACGAGGAUUUGAAAAAAGUCUAUGACUAUCACGCACAAUCAUUUGAGGAAGAGCAAGAUGAGAUCGAUCGUGCGCAUCAGGAAUACUAUUAUUCCGCCAUAGAGAAAACAUACGAUCACUAUGAUGAACAUCGCCGCGAGGCAGAGAUUGUUCUUCAGGCACAUCUACGAGAAGAAGAAGAGAAAGAAAAGCAGAGGCAGGAAGAAGAACGGCGUCGUAGAGAAGAACAAGAGCGCCUGGAACGAGAACGCAGGGAACGGGAGGAAGCGGAACGGAAGCGUCAAGAAGAGGCUCGUCGAGAAGCAGAGAGGGUCGCGCGAGAAGAGAAUGAGCGUCGCCUAGCGGCCGAGGCUGAAGCAAAAGCACGAAAGGCUGCUGAAAAAGAAAAAGCCCGCCGUGAACGUGAAGAGGCGGAAGAAAAAGAGCGUCAGCGUCAAGCUGACUUGAAGAAGGCUGAAGAAGAAGAAAAACGACGACAGACUCUGGGUGCCAGGACUAAUACAGAGGAAGAAGUCAAGGAACAGGAGCAAUAUCUGGAACUUCAUAAAUACCUGAAGGAGUUACGAAAAUUUGUUCUUGGCGAAGGAAAGAAAGAUCCGGCACUCAAAAGUACGGUUGGAGACUACCGUCGUGCCAUCACUAAAUGCAUCGGCCAACUAAGAGAGGGACAAGGAAACCUCGCGAAUAAGGGCCAGGUGAAUGAAAUUCGAGAAGUGCUUCGCAAAUCCCAGGAAAUUCCAAUACCUUGUGAUGCCCGUCGCUUCUUUGUACACGCCCCCGAGCAAAUUGCAAACCUCUCCGAAGAAGAAGCCAAGGUUUCAGCAGUCUUUGUAUACUUGCUGAACAUUUUCGUCAAAGCCGUCGUCUCGCAGCUUAUUAAUGAAGCUGGCAUCAAACUCGAGUAUGCAGAGCCGCUAGGCGUCGUUGUGGCCCAGAUCUUCUCAGCUGAACAAUUCGGCUUCAAGGGGUUUGCCUUCUCAGACAUCUUCUGGGCGAAAUACCGAGCAUCUUGCCCUGCGCUGUGGGGCUUUUACGGCGAUGAAAAGACGGCGGCUGGUAAGGAAGCAUUGGGAUGGAAGCGAUUUGAGCCCGGGGGUCCAUUUUUGUCCGAGGCAGAUCACCGUCAACGCAUGGUCGGAUUAGGCGGUGGCUUUGCAGCUGUCACACUACGCAACUUUGGCAAAACCAAUCGCAAAAACCCGUUUCCGAACCAUAUAUUCUGGAGGACUGUCGCAAAAAUUGUCUCGGUUCCUUCAAGCGAACUUCAGGAAACGCAUUUCUAUAUUCUGUAUGCGAUGUUGCGCUUCUCUGCUGAUCGGGUCAUUGGUUUCUGGGGCCAUGCAGGGUUAGCACUGCUGAGAAGUGCUAUUAUAAAUCUUCCCAACAGCGCUAAAGAUAAGCAAGCUGGGGCUAUUGGCCAGUUAAAAGUAUUGAAGGGCUUGUACGCCACGGAGAAGGACAUCGUGAUCUGA